UUGGAUAGGAAAUAUAAUACUGAUGACCACGGUCUAGAAAAGUAUAUUGUUUCCAAAUUCUUGAGAUUCGACAUGAAAGAGGGAAAAUCUGUUUUAGAACAAACACAAGAAUUUGAGCUUAUCUUACAUUCUCUCCGUGAAGCAGAUAUGGAAUUGCCUGAAAAAUUUAAAGUCAUGGCUGUAAUUGAAAAAUUCCCCAAAUCGUGGGAAGAUUUUGGUUUGACUUUAAAACACAAAAUGAAAAAGAUAACUUGGAAAAGUUUGAUGCAUUCCAUUACUGUUGAGGAAGAACAUAAGAAAGCGGGUUAUAUUGUGCCUGUUGAAUUUCAGCCAAAGGCUCAUGUUGUAACCGGGGGAAAGCAGUCACAAAAUUCUAAAAAUAAACAACCAUCAUCUUUUAAACCAAUAAAGGCCAAAUUAAAAAUUGCAAAGAAACCAAAGGCAAACCGGCCAUGCUGGAACUGUGGACAGAUGGGGCAUUGGGCCAAAUUAUGCCCAAAUUAAAAGGCUAAGGCUCAAUCUGGUGGACCUCAAGUCAACGUGGUGACUGGAGGAACUAGUUCUGAUGGGUAUGUUUCUAUUAACCCUCAAGUUUUCACUAUAUAUAAUUCCAAUGAGUGGCUAAUAGAUACAGGAGCGAAUGUGCAUGUAUGUGCUGAUAAAUCGCUCUUUGUUUCUUAUCAGCCUGCGGUUGGAAGAACAGUGAUGAUGGGAAACACAAGUGCUGCUAGUGUGCAUGGAGUUGGAAAAGUAGAAAUAAAAUUUCCUUCGGGAAAAAUACUUACUUUGCAUGGAGUGCAUCACGUUCCCGAAAUUAGAAGGAACAUUGUUAGUGGUUCCAUUCUAGUUAGGGAGGGUUAUGAGUUAUCUUUUAAAUUUAAUAAAGUUGUAAUUUUAUUUGGUGGACUUUUUAUUGGCAAGGGUUACUUGUCGGAUGGACUUUUUAAGAUUGUGGUUGAUUAUUUUGAAUUAAAUUAUGUAUCUGAGAAU